CGCCAGGGGAUUGAGAGAGCGCGAGAGCGCCCACCGGGGUUUGCGAGGGGGGCGCGCGCGCUGCUGGAGCCCCCCCCCCCCGCCUCCCGCGCCCCCCCCAAAACGUUGGCAGCAAAGUUCUGGCGCGUGCGACGGCGCGUGCGGCUCUGGCCCCUGCCGGGCAAAAAGCGCCCCGUUUGUCAGGUGAGGCGCGCGCGGAUAACCCUGACUGAGGCGGACGAACAGUAAAGAAAACUUGUGCAAGGUUGUCUCUAGCAAAAAAUCAUUUCCAGAACACACUCUUACAAUGGCUUUGCAUACCCUUUUCUUCUCUGUGUUUCUGGUAGAUGGAUGCUGACAUGGACUACGAACGACCUAACGUUGAAACCAUCAAGUGUGUGGUUGUCGGUGAUAACGCAGUGGGGAAGACUCGCUUAAUCUGUGCAAGAGCAUGUAACACCACCUUGACCCAGUAUCAACUGCUGGCAACUCAUGUCCCUACUGUCUGGGCAAUCGAUCAAUAUCGGGUCUGCCAAGAGGUUCUUGAGCGUUCCCGUGAUGUUGUUGAUGAAGUGAGUGUUUCUCUCAGGCUGUGGGACACAUUUGGAGAUCACCACAAAGACAGACGCUUUGCUUAUGGCAGGUCUGAUGUUGUUGUCCUGUGCUUUUCCAUUGCUAACCCUAACUCCCUGAAUCAUGUGAAAACUAUGUGGUAUCAAGAAAUCAAGCACUUCUGUCCUCGCACCCCUGUUGUUCUGGUUGGCUGUCAACUGGAUCUUCGAUAUGCAGAUCUGGAAGCUGUGAACCGAGCUAGAAGACCAUUAGCAAGACCGAUCAAAAGGGGAGACAUCUUGCCACCAGAAAGAGGCAGAGAGGUUGCAAAGGAGCUUGGGAUACCGUAUUAUGAAACAAGUGUGUUUGAUCAAUUCGGGAUCAAAGAUGUGUUUGAUAAUGCAAUUAGAGCUGCACUGAUCUCCAGGAGACACCUACAGUUCUGGAAAUCACAUCUGAAGAAAGUCCAGAAGCCUUUACUUCAGGCUCCAUUUCUACCUCCAAAGGCACCUCCUCCAGUUAUCAAAAUCCCAGAGUGUCCUGUCACCAGUAUCAAUGAAGCUGGAUACUUACUGGACAAUCCACUCUGUGCAGACGUCAUGUUUAUCCUUCAGGAACAUACCCAUAUUUUUGCUCACAAAAUCUACCUAGCUACCUCCUCUUCCAAGUUUUAUGACCUUUUCUUAAUGGAAUGUGAAGAAACCCCAGACUUGCCUGAUGCACACUGUCAUAAGGAAAAAGCCAGUAGAACCCUCUCGGACAGGGCAUGCAGCUUUGAAAUAAAUGAUAACGGUGAGGUGGCAACCGUAAAUUCCUCUAACACCAAACUUACAUCAUCAGUAGAUAGCAGUAAUGCUUUAACAAGGCUAGAAGUUGAAGCCGGGGAACCUAGCUACAUGAAACAAGCGCCAACAUUUUGGGGCAAAGGUUUUGUCAGCAUGCAUAAAGAAGUGCUGGUCAAUCCUGUUUCAAAGCGGACAUGUACUGUAACAGUAGUCAAGAUAGAUUCUUCCAUUCAGCCUGGGCCUUUUAAAACUGUUUUGCAGUUUUUAUAUACAGGGCAACUGGAUGAAAAUGAAAAAGAUCUCACCAGGGUAGCUCAGAUUGCCGAGAUACUGGAAGUAUUUGACUUGCGGAUGAUGGUGGAAAACAUCACAAAUAAAGAAGCCUUCAUGAACCAGGAAAUCACAAAGGCUUUCCACGUCAGAAAAGCUAACAGGAUAAAAGAAUGCCUCAGUAAAGAGACAUUUUCUGAUGUGACAUUUAAGUUGGAAGAUGGAAACAUAAAUGCUCAUAAGCCGCUGCUGAUCUGUAGCUGUGAAUGGAUGUCUGCAAUGUUUGGAGGCUCAUUUGUUGAAAGCUCAAACAGCGAGGUUGUUCUUCCAAACAUAAACAAGGCUUCCAUGCAAGUUGUUCUGGAUUAUCUGUAUACCAAGCAGCUAUCCUCCAGUCAGGAGUUGGACACACUUGAAUUAAUUGCACUGGCAAACAGAUUUUGCCUCCCGCACUUGGUUGCACUCGCAGAGCAGCACGCUGUACAAGAGCUGACCAAAACAGCAGUGAGUGGUGUUAGCACAGAUGGCGAGGUCCUGUAUUACUUGGAAAUAGCCCAGUUCCACAAUGCUAACCAGCUGGCAGCUUGGUGCUUGCACUAUAUCUGCACCAACUACAACAGUGUUUGUUCCAAGUUCCGAAAGGAAAUCAAAACUAAAUCUCCUGACAAUCAGGAAUAUUUUGAGAGACACCGGUGGCCUCCUGUAUGGUACCUUAAGGAAGAAGAUCAUUUCCAACGUGUAAAAAAGGAGAGAGAAAAGGAAGACAUUGCGCUGAAUAAACAUAACUCAAAACGGAAGUGGUGCUUCUGGAAUUCCUCCACUGUAGUUGUUUGAGGAAAGAAGAGACACAUCUAUCAAAAGUGUGGCUUGAACUGGAAAACUUUGCUUUGAAAGAAUUCUUGUUAGAACCCGCACUGGGUUCAUUGAGAGCUGUUCUUGUGUCACUGGGGAAAAAAUGGGGAUUGGGUGAAUGCUGCUUUUUAAAAUCUCUCCCAUUUAUUUCAGUGGUGCUUACAAAGGGGGUUAUCUAGAAGAUAGUUUGAGGCAAUGGAUUUUAUUCCACCUGUGUGCAUUUAUCAUUUGUAGACUCAACAAGCACAAGCUCACCAGGAGUGCAAAAAAAAAAAAAAAUCACAAGCAGCUCCUUAAAUAAUGUCUACAAUACUGUAUAAACUAGUAUCACACACACACACUCUUUCUCUCUAAUAACAAACCCAGCAUUAAAGGUUUACUCUCCUAAAUGGAAAGUAUUUUUAUACUGUUGUUGUGAAGGUCUUUAAAACUGUAUUUCUAGGUUGUUUUCUUUCACAGACCCACAAAAUCAUCAUGCAAGUGAGUCUAAAUUAGAUUUUCCCCAUUUGCAAGUACAGUGGAAAUGAACCACAUAUCUAAUGAGCCUCCCUGCUAGAAAUAUUCAGCUUAGCAACAAACUAACUUUUGCUAGGCAACUGACUUCAUUCUCCCAUCUGUUUCUCCCAGGUACUACUAUUCAUAAUGGUUAGAUGCUUAUUUUUAAAGUAGUGGGAUAGAAGAGUAUCGAACAACAACAGAGAUAUUCAGAAUGUAAACCUUUUAUUAGCAGAGGAGUAUAAAGUGUAAUUUAACUUUGAGUUGCAUGCUGGAAUAUGUUUUUUUCCAGUAUUUAUGAUUUAAAGACUGAAGACAAUAAUCCUGUGAAAUAUCCCUUUUUGUGCAUCCCCAGGCUGAAAAUGUCUGUUUUCAUGAAAAUCUUCUUUAAAUAACCAGAAAAAUGUAAACAUAUGUUUUCCUCCACUGCGGAUUCCAUAAUGACUUAAAUCCCAAGGCAGCAAUGUUUUGUUAUAAUUAUUUGGAUUUUUAAAAUGUACAGUUGCCCAUGCUUUUUUUUUUGCAAGAAACAUCUGCCUAGGAGGAAAUAUCUGUAUCAUUGUGAACAUUCACCUGUUAAGGGCUGCUCAUAUAAGUUGGUCUCUUACAUUUUCUUCAUUAUUCUAACAAAGAGCGGCAAUUUUCCUGCAUUGCACCAACGCUAGCGAGGCCUAUAUCUUAGCAUUGGAACAGGCAUAUGAGCAGUUAGUGGUAGGCAUGACCACUGGGUGUUGUCUGAGGUGCAUAAAUGCCCUUACCACACAUAUCCAUCCAUUUGUAUGUAGAGUGAACAUGUCAGCAGUCCAUAUGGCAGGUACUAACUCAGAAUGCGCUAACUAACAGAGCAAAUUGCACAUGAAAUGUCUAUACACCAAGAGCCACAGGUGCUGUGGUAUCUGUCCAGCUCUUUAUGCUAUCCAGAUAAGGUACCCAAGUGUGUGCUGCCUUUUGACCAAGUUGUAAAAGUAUUGUCAGGAAGAGCCCAAAUCUUUUGUCAGUGCAUUUUUUGUGCAAAAAAUGUACUGCCCACUAUCUGCUCCAGUUACAGUUCUUAAUAUGUGAGCAGCUUCCUUACUUAGACAGCCAAUCUAGUAUAGUAGGUAGUGUGCUGGACUUAAGACUUGUGAGAUCUGGGUUCAUUUCCCUGGUCAGCCUGAAGCCUACCUUGGGCCAGACGCUCUUUCCCUUCUAAGCUACCACAAAGACUUGCUGUGAGAGGAUGAAAUGAGAUAUGCCUCCCCAUCUGUGUACUCUGAGCUGUUUAGCAGAAGGGUAGCAUAGACUUGAAAUUAAAACGGAGCUGCAAAGGGAGGGCCACAGUCUAAUGCUUUUGCUAUUUACAUGUCAUCAAGCUAUUACCUUCCAGGCACCUGGAGAGAGGGCAUCUUCAUUUUUGUCUCUUUUUAUUGUUCCUUCCUUAUGUUGUGCUCAGUAGUAGUCAUCCACAUCUCUCUUUUUGACCUUAGCCCCACUGUUGUGGGCUAGAAUUCCAUAGUCAAUGGGAUAACUGUAUUCCUUU